AUGCCGGACGAGGAGCACAACAGCGUCGAGGUGUCGAGUGAUCUUGAGGGCGGAGAGGAGAACUACGACGCGUUCGAAAUCCCGGCAGCAGAAGCCUACGCACACCUCCCAAUGCCGAUCCGCGACAACAUCUACUUCUGCAUCCAAGCCAUUCAGAUCAGCCACUCCGAGUGGAAAGACGCUAUCAACGCCAUCGACGCAGCAUUCGAAGCCCAAAGACUUUUCCUGGACGAACAGCACGCCCGAGUCAAAGCCCAAGAAGUCGCCUUCGAAAAGAGAGAAGCACUCUACAUCCGCCUGCCCACGAACCAAGCCGUGAAUCUGGUUCACAACGCUUUGCUUGCGGAACAUGCACAUGACAGGGUGCUUAUUACGGAUAUGUUCAGGGCGGUCAAGAUGGGGAAGGUGGAUGUGAGAGCUGCGCGGGCUGAUGGACUGGCCAAAGCCAAAGAGGUCUACUUGAGGCAGCUGAAGGCUUUCAAAAAGUUGAUUGAGGGCUUGAGUGGUAUAGCGGAGAAGAUGAAGAAUGAGCGAGUAGUUGGCGAGAUGAGGCUUAGUCCUACCGGCCCGGCUCUGGCUGUCAAGUCGCCUACUCCGGCAUCUUACUCUUAG